CGAAGUAAAAUAUGUAGAAUUCCUGAUUUAUGACGGUCUGAAAUGCCAUAAACUCUUGCUUUUUGGAGCAUUCUGACAAAGAAGUUUCCACAAAAUAGGGUAUAUACAUACAGACGUACAUAAAUCCACAGUACAAACUGGUCGCGCGUUCACGACUAUUCACGGCCGAAAACAAAGAUUGCCGAAUGGACCUUUAAAUAGGUUGUAUCUUUGUCUCUCUCUCAGAGUGUCGCCUCUUAUUAUACUUACUCUUUGGCCGCGCCGCGAGCAGACUGAUCGUGAGCACUGAGCAGAGUGUGCUUCUAUCCCGCUAGCGGUGUUAACCUCACUUCUCUUGACUUUUAAAUAAGAUUGUAUAUCUAUUAACAAUAGAUUUUACACAAAACACGUGUAUCUAUAUAUAAAUAAACAAAACAAAGCAAAAUUAUUUUUAUAUAAAGGACAAUUAUAUAAGUUCACAUGUGUUUACAAAAUAUAUAUUUUUACCGGCGAUUAAUAUAUCGUCAAUAUAUUAAGGUUAACAAUGUAAUUAGACCAUAUAGUCAUAUUCCAGAUGAUAACAAAAAUAAGUCAUCAUCAGAAAUAAUCAAAUCGUUAAAAUUUCCUGAUUACCAAUUAGUCUAUGCUUUUCCAUAUAUUGCCUUUCCUUGCCUUUUAAAUGUAAUGAAACGUAAUCAAACUAUCGUAGCUGGAGUAAGUGUACCAGUGCUUAUAGGGUUACAAGUAACAGGUUUGAUACCAGGAGAUGAAUGUAUAAAACUUAUAUGUGUUUGUUUUAUAAUUACUGUUUGGUUUCACGUUGUGUGCCAUGCAUGCAACAACCUUAUUGGUUCUGUAUGCUUAAAAGAUAAUGAAGAAGUUAUAAUAUCAUAUGUAGAUUAUUGGGGUAAAAGAAGAGAUUUAAAAACCAAUGUUAAUGAUAUUAUAUCUCCUACAGAAACAACUACCUCACUUAUGAAAUAUAGUCUCUAUAAAAAAUUAGGUAUCCAGUCAUGUAAACAAGAGCUAAAAAUAAAUGUACCAUAUGGACGAAUUAUUGAUGAAACGAGGUUUAAAAAUAUUUUUGGUGACAAUGUAUAA